CUUAAUAACUAGAAAAGUAUUAUGGCAAGUAUUGUUUCAAUGAGGUGUCAAGUUGCACUGAUGCUACUAUUGGCUGUGGCAUUAGGAACUCAUGUGAAAAUGGGUGAGGCACAAAGUAACAGUUGUCCAGUUCAGCUGACCAAUCUGAAUGUUUGUGCACCAUUUGUUGUGCCUGGUGCAUCCAACACUAACCCAAAUGCUGAUUGCUGCUCUGCACUUCAAGCAACCAACCGUGAUUGUCUAUGUAACACUCUCAGAAUCGCUUCUCAACUUACUUCUCAGUGUAACCUUCCAUCUUUUGGUUGCGUUCUGAAUUAGAGCAUGGUGAUGCGAAGAAUAAAAGGUUAAGAGAUGCUACACCUUUCUAGUAUGGUGAUUUUGGAGAUAUUAUUGUGUCACAAAAUGUAAUCUUUGCUAUGAAAUAAAGAAAGUUGUAAUUUUCCUUCCUGAGUAAUGUAUGACAUAUUGCAACUUUGAAUAAAACAAUCUUAUUCCUAAAAGAUAAAGUUCAUGAAAAAAUAGUAACAUAUUAUCCUCUCUUACUAAUCACUCUUCUGCUAAAUCUACAAUUUUCUUUCCAACGUUAUCUCCAUUGAAAAGCCCAACAAAUGCAGAAGGGAUGCUCUCUACACCAAAUGACUUGUCUUCAAUCACCUCUAACUGACCAUUGCGAAGA